UGACCGGAGGAUCAAGGUGGCUAACCCAGUGGUGGAAAUGGACAGGGAUGAGAUGACCCGCAUUAUCUGGGCCUUCAUCAAGGAGAAGCUCAUCUUGCCCAACGUGCACGUCCAGCUGAAGUACUUUGACCUGAGGUUGCCCCACCGCGACCAGACAGACGACCAGGUCACCAUUGACUCGGCCCUGACUACCCAGAAGUACAGCGUGGCCGUCAAGUGCACCAUCACCCCGGAUGAGGCCAGGGUGAAGCUGAAGAAGAUGUGGAAGAGCCCCAAUGGCACCAUCAGGAACAUCUUGGGUGGGACAGUCUUCUGAGAGCCAAUCAUCUGCAAGAACAUCCCUCGCCUGGUCCCCGGGUGGACAAAGCCCAUCACCAUUGGCAGGCACGCCCAUGGCGACUUCGUGGUGGACAAGUCCAGGACCUUCAAGAUGGUCUUCACCCCGAAGGACGGCAGUGCUGCCAAGGAAUGGGAGGUCUACAACUUCCCCGACGGAGGAGUCGGCAUGGGCAUGUACAACACGGACGAGUCCAUCUCAGGCUUUGCCCACAGCUACUUCCAGUAUGCCAUCCAGAAGAAGUGGCCUCUCUACUUGAGCACCAAGGACACCAUCCUCAAGGCCUACGACGGGCGCUUCAAGGACGUCUUCCAGGAGAUCUUUGAGAAGCAUUACAAGACUAAUUUUGACAAGCUCAAGAUCUGGUACGAGCACCGUCUCAUUGAUGACAUGGUGGCCCAGGUGCUGAAGUCAAUGGGGGGCUUUGUCUGGGCCUGCAAGAACUAUGAUGGGGACGUCCAGUCCGACAUCCUGGCCCAAGGGUUUGGCUCACUGCGCCUCAUGACCUCCAUCCUUGUCUGCCCAGAUGGCAAGACCAUCGAAGCCGAAGCUGCACACGACACAGUCACCUGCCACUACCGGGAGCACCAGAAGGGCAAUCCAACGAGCACCAACCCCAUUGCUAGCAUUUUUGCCUGGACACGAGGGCUGGAGCACCGAGGCAAGUUGGAUGGCAACCCAGACCUCAUCAAGUUUGCUCAGACUCUGGAGAAGGUCUGCGUUGAGACAGUGGAGAGCGGCGCGAUGACAAAGGACCUGGCUGGCUGCAUCCACGGACUUAGCAAUGUGAAACUGAACGAGCGCUUUAUCAACACGACCGACUUCCUGGACACCAUCAAGAACAACCUAGACAAAGCCCUGGGCAAGCAGUAAGAACAAGGAUCCCUCCAGAAGGUAGGCUGUCGUGGGAAAGGGGUGGGAGGCCCGCCGAUGCCUCUUUUUAAAUGUGAACAAGCCCUGGCUCUUUGCACCCUCAGCCAGGGAAACCAAGCGCUUGGGAGCUGUUUUUUCUA